AUGUACAGCAACAACUCAUUAAGCGUUCUUACUGAAGGGUUGUUCAUGUUCCUCAAUAGUCUCCAUACUGGAGGUUAUCUUGAAGAACAGCUUGAUCAACCACUGGAUCUUUCGAUUAAACGUGGCGUGAGUUUAAAGGACAGUGACUGCGGAAGUAUUAGCAGUGGUUCUAGUUAUGGAAAUGACGAUCAAGCUGAUGAUGAUUUUGAAAAGUUAGAAGAUCAGCGCUUAUACAAUCUCCUUCGGGAAAACUCUAGUUUCAACGAAACCUACCUGAAGAACAGAAAUACACCUGUUUUGUGGCAAUUCUUACUUAUGUGCUUGAGUAAUGAUCAAUGCAACCCAUGUCUAAUUGAGUGGAUUUCAAAGGAAAAUCUUACAUUCCGUCUGAAUAAUGUCAACACCCUGGCAAGUAUUUGGGGCCAAAUCAAGAAGCGACCCCGUAUGAAUGCAGAUCAUUUCAAACGCUCGUUAAGGUCUUACUAUUCCCGAAAUAUCCUGAGGCGGAUAGAAGGCUCCCCCGAUACAUAUCAGUUCAUCAACUAA